GACAGUUUGCCUCUCGCUGCUCCAUCUUUGUCGGCGCUCCGACUCCGGCAGGGACUUGAAAACGCUCACGCCCCCAGGUCGAGUUCUCGCGGCAGCGCGCUCUCCGCCCGGAAGGCGGCGCUGUGGGCUGGCAGGCUGUGUCGGCCCAGGGAUCGGGUCCCCGACGUCCGCCCAGCCGCCGCAGCGCGGCCGCCACAGCCGCACGUGCAGCCGCUUCUGGCCCUGCUGGCCCCUAUUCCCCUGAACCUGCGCCUGGGCGCCGGCUAUGGCGGCAGCUGCGGCGGGGACGCGCGUGUUCCUGGAGGUGCGGAGACGGCUGCAGAGCGCGCUGCUGAUCCUGGGGGAGCCUAAAGAAGGGGGUAUGCCCAUGGAUAUUUCUGUAGUGCCGUGCUCACUCCAGGUGAAGACCCCGGAAGGCUGCACAGAGCUCCAGCUUCCAGCAGAGGUCAGGCUUGUGCCUUCCUCCUGCCGAGGGCUGCGCUAUGUCCCGGGAGAGGGACUGCACCUGCGACUGCAGGUGCGGACAGAAUCUGAUGCCAAACUGAUUUCAAUGUUUAAUCAAAGCUCGCAAGCCCAAGGAUGUUGCACAUUUUAUUGCCAGUCCUGUGGUGAAGUCAUAAUAAAGGACAGGAAGCUCCUCAGGGUGCUCCCAUUGCCGAGUGAGAACUGGGGAGCGCUAGUUGAAGAAUGGUGUUGUCAUCCUGACCCCUUUGCUAAUAAGCCUCUUCAUCCGCAAGAGAAUGACUGUUUUAUUGGAGACUCUUUCUUCUUGGUGAAUUUAAGAAGUGAUUUAUGGCAGCCAAGACCUGAACUAGCCCCAGUGGAGACACAGUGUCCUUCUGAGAACCAUUUUAAAUUGAAACCAAAGGCAAAUACCAAAGUAAUUUGUAAGCGUUGCAAGGUAAUGUUGGGAGAGACCAUGUCAUCAGAAACCACCAAGUUUUAUAUGACGGAGAUAAUUAUUCAGCCAUCUGAAAGAAAAUUUUCUAUCAUAGCAAGGUCUCAGUUUGUACAGAGUGUUAUUGCCCAGUGUCUAGUGGAACUCUCCGCUGUUAGAAGCACUUUCAGAUUCACUAUUCAAGGUCAUGAUGGCAAAGCGUACAUCCUGCUAUGGCUUUUAAACUCAGAUAGUCUGGUGAUUGAAUCUUUGGGAAGUUCCAAAAGUAUCAAAAAGUUCCCCCUGUUGGAAGAUAACUUGAAGGCAGAUUCCUGUUCUGCCUGGAAUGCUGUCAAGGUCCUCUACCAGCCAUGCAUCAAAAACAGGAAUGCAAAGCUUUGCAGUGCUUGGGAAAGUGACAUCAGCAUCCACUCUCUAACCCUGCCCUCUGCAACCUGCUUGGAGCUGCUGCUGAUAUUAUCAAGGAAUAAUGCCACACUGCCUCCAUCCCUUCGCUCUAUGAAUUCCUUUCAGAACCUGAUAGAGAAAACUCAGCUGGAAGUUGAUAUGGAAACUCAGCAGGUGGCCUUUUUGAAGAUGUAACUGUUGUAGCUGAGGCCUCCUCUCCCCGCAGACAACUCUCCGGCCAGAGCAUGCCGGAGGCCCGUGUUCUGCAUGGUGGGCCACCGUCACAGACACAGGAACCAGAGCUCCAGAGUCAGUGUGUGGCAUUGAAGUUGUGAGUUGACCUGUUGGCAUAUAGUCUCUAAGAGAAGGGUUCACUUCAAAUGUUACGAGAAGUAAGGUGGCAAAGAAUGUUCCAGUAGCAGAGAAGUUAUGACUCUGUUUCCCACAGAGAGGAAUAUUCAGGUAUGUCCUAUGUCAGCAGCACCUGGAAGAAUGUUCACUUGUGGAAUCCCAUCUGUCCUUUGGGGGCUGCAGUGGGGACUCCACUGGUGGAACCGAAUGUUAACUGCUAUAUAUCUAAGCAGAGAGACUUAUAAACAUCCCAUUCGGUUUGUGGAAAACAAAUAUUUAGAAAGAAAAAUACAGAAUUUUGUAUACCUGAUUCAGAAGGGAUGCUCGGGAUGCUCCGUGAAUAAAUGUGUGUUGAAUGAAUAAUUAUCAAAUUAAAGGUUUUCCUGGGCGCCUGGGUGGCUCAGUG